AUGGGUGGAAUCCUUCACAUCGUCGAGGACCGUCCGACCCCCUCCAAUGUCUAUAAUUGGCGAGUCUAUGUACUCGCCCUGAUAGCAUCAUGUGGUUCCAACAUGAUCGGAUACACCAGUGGGUUCAUCGGGACGACGAUCACGAUGCCCUCCUUUGAAAGGGAGUUUGGCUUGGACAAGAUGAGCACUCCCCAUGUGGACCUGAUCAGUGAAAAUAUUGUCUCGCUUUUCAUUGCGGGAGCGUUCUUCGGAGCCCUACUCACGUACGGGCUGUCGAAUUUCUUAGGCCGCAAGUGGAGUCUGACCGUGUCUUCGGCCGUCUUCAUUCUCGGCGCCGGCCUGCAAAUGGGGGCCAAUGGCUCGCGAGGGCUCGGGAUUCUAUACGCUGGCCGGGUCCUGUCCGGUCUCGGCACCGGCGUCGCCUCCAACGUCGUCCCGAUCUACUUGUCCGAGCUCGCCCCUCCAGCCAUUCGAGGUCGGCUGGUCGGUUUUUAUGAGCUGGGCUGGCAAAUUGGUGGCAUGGUUGGUUUCUGGAUCAACUAUGGCGUGGAACAAACGAUGCCAUCGGACCAUGAGCAAUGGAUUAUUCCGUUCGCCAUCCAGCUGAUCCCCUCGGGCAUGCUCUUUCUCGGCUCCCUGUGGAUGAGAGAAUCCCCUCGCUGGCUCCUCCUCAAGGGCCGCCGCGAGGAAGCUAUGAAUAACCUCUGCUGGAUCCGUCAACUCGAUGAGCAUGAUAUCUAUAUCACUGAGGAGGUCGCUACCGUCGACCAAGCCAUCGAGGAGCAGAUUGCCACUGUUGGCUUGGGCUUCUGGAAGCCGUUCAAGGCUGUUUACCAGUCGCGCGGCCUGAUCUACCGUCUCUUCCUCGGUUGCAUGCUGUUCUUCUGGCAGAAUGCGUCCGGUAUCAACGCCAUCAACUACUACAGCCCAACCAUCUUUGAGAGUCUCGGUGUUUCCGGCAACACUAAGGGUAUCCUCAAUGGUAUCUUUGGUGUCGUCAAGGCGGUCUUCACCGUCAUCUGGUUGCUCUUCCUGGUUGACCAGUUUGGACGACGAAAACUCCUCCUCUGCGGUGCCGUCUGUGGAUCUGUCUGCAUGUAUGCCAUCGGUGCUUAUAUCUAUAUCGUCGAGCCGACGAAACACCCCCGGGACCACCUCAACGGUGGAGGUAUUGCUGCCAUCUUUUUCUUCUACCUGUGGACCGCCGUCUAUACCCCCACCUGGAACGGUACCCCAUGGGUGAUCAACUCCGAAUUCUUUGACGCCAAUAUUCGGCCGCUGUCACAGGCCCUCACCACCGCCAGCAACUGGCUUUUCAACUUCCUUGUCUCUCGGUUCACCGAGCAGAUGUUUGCCAAAAUGGGCUACGGCGUGUACUUCUUCUUCGCGUCGCUGUCCUUCCUCGCCUGGUUCUUCGCCUUCUUCCUCAUUCCCGAGACCAGCGGUAUCCCGCUCGAGGCGACCGACCAACUGUUCGAGAUCAAGCCGAUCUGGCGGGCGAACGAGCUGCUGAAGGCCCAGCUGAAGGAAGAGGAGGAGCGCUUCCGCCAGGAGGUGAAGGACGGGGCGUUCGAGAAGAAUGACCCGCAGGAGCAUGUCGAGAGCGCAUAA